CCUCUGUGUAAUAACUUUUGGUUCCCGUUUCCUCCGUACACCUUCCUGCCUCACGCCUCUUCGUUGGUUAAAACAGAUCAUGACGCAGCAGCUUCUCUCCCAUAUAACGAUCGAGCGAGACGUUAUAAAUCAUACCGUGAGGCGCACUGCCCGUGUUGCACACCGGAUGCUGUUAAUCUUCCCCCAGACAGUUUCCGGUUGCUGGUGCCUGGAAAAUGGCGGCCGCGGUGAGGAGCGGGGUACUGAGCGGCCGGCGGUGCUGGUGGGGGAUCCGCGCAGCAUCUCCUCAUGUAAUCGGCGGGAAAAUCCCGGCUGGUGCGCGAGGUAUGGACAGAGCAGGCGUGCGGCACUCCUUGGCUGUUACUAUGGCAACAGGCGGCCAUGACAGCUUGACCUUCUACAUGUGCUCUGACACACAGCCAAUGUGGAACACACACUGACCGGGUCUGUGUUCUGAUUGCAAGUAAACUGUGUGUGUAGGAUGACUGUGUGUGUGUGUGUGUGUGUGUGUAGGAUGACACUGUGUGUGUAGGAUGACACUGUGUGUGUGUGUGUGUGUGUAGGAUGACACUGUGUGUGUGUGUGUGUGUAGGAUGACACUGUGUGUGUGUGUGUAGGAUGACACUGUGUGUGUGUGUAGGAUGACACUGUGUGUGUGUGUAGGAUGACACUGUGUGUGUGACACCGUGUGUGUGUGUGUAGGAUGACACUGUGUGUGUGUGUGUAGGAUGACACUGUGUGUGUGCAGGGAUGACACCGUGUGUGUGUGUGUGUGUAGAUGACACUGUGUGUGUGUAGAUGCACACUGUGUGUGGAUGACACUGUGUGUGUGUAGGGAUGACACUGUGUGUGUAGGAUGACACUGUGUGUGUGUGUAGGAUGACACUGUGUGUGUAGGAUGACACUGUGUGUGUGUAGGAUGACACUGUGUGUGUGUAGGAUGACACUGUGUGUGUAGGAUGACACUGUGUGUGUGUGUAGGAUGACACUGUGUGUGUGUGUGUGUGUGUGUGUAGGAUGACACUGUGUGUGUGUGUGUAGGAUGACACUGUGUGUGUGUGUGUAGGAUGACACUGUGUGUGUGUAGAUGACACUGUGCGUGUGUGUAGGAUGACACUGUGUGUGUGUGUGUGUAGGAUGACAACGUGUGUGUGUGUGUGUGUGAUGACACUGUGUGUGUGUGUGUAGGAUGACACUGUGUGUGUGUGUGUGUGUAGGAUGACACUGUGUGUGUGUGUGUGUAGGGAUGACACUCUCGUGUGUGUGUGUGUGGUAGGAUGACACUGUGUGUGUGUGUGUAGGAUGACACUGUGUGCGUGUGUGUAGGAUGACACUGUGUGUGUGUAGGAUGACACUGUGUGUGUGUGUGUGUGUGUAGGAUGACACUGUGUGUGUGUGUGUGUGUGUGUGUGUGUGUAGGAUGACUCUGUGUGUGUAGGAUGACUCUGUGUAGUAGAUGUUUAGUGUGUGUGUAAUGAUGUCCUAUGUCUUGCCACCCUCCUGCUAAACGUUCUGCAGAGAGGGCGCUAUGAUCCCUGGUGGUCCUUAUGGGUUAACUCUGCUUGGUGGUGUACAGGUCAAUAAACUCUACAUGCCAGUUAAUGUCCCUGGUAGUUCAGCUGGUGAGUGUGGCCUGCACCUCUGGUGAGUGCAGACCACUGUAAUUGCUUCUUCUUGAUUCAGCAGAUCUAACUGCAGGCUGGGAAUACUAGUGGCUGUGCUCUGACCUAUUGCUGGACCAAGAAGGAGUACUUACUGUAGUCUGCACCCAUCUGAGAGUGACAUGCUUCCUGACCUAGCCAUGUCUUCAUGGCUAGGUCAUGGCUUUUUUUUUGCUUUUUUUUUUUUUUUUGUCUUUGGUCAUGAUUUUAAAGGGACACUAUAGUCACCCUUUUAAAGGGACACUAUAGUCACCCAGACCACUUUAGCUCAAUGAAGUGGUCUGAGUGCCAGGUCCCUCUAGGGUUUUCCCUGCCUGCUGUAAGCAUAGCAGUUUCAGAGAAACUGCUAUGUUUACAUUUGGGGUUAAGCCAGCCUCUAGUGGCUGUCUUCCGGACAUUUAAUGCCACCAUCACGCAGAGCGUCCGUAGGAAAGCAUUUUUCAGUGCUUUCCUAUGAACACUUUUAAUGUGCGAGCGGCACUGCCGCGCAUGCGUGCUCUGCUGACGUCGGCGGGGGAGGAGAAGUAAGGGAGCCCGGCGGUGGAAUAAGGUGAGUAACUGAAGGGGUUUUAACUCCUUCAGCACCACAGGAGGGGGACCCUGAGGGUGGGGGCACACUCAGGGUACUAUAGUGUCAGGAAAACCGAUUUGUGAUCCUUUAAAUGGACACUUUAACCCUUUUAAGAAGCCACUGCUAAUGAAAAAUGCUAAAACUUUCCUUCAUUCCAACGCCUGGCCAAGUUCUUCCUUUAUUGCUGUCAUUGAGCAAAGGGCAUGAGGAAGGAUUCGUAAUGCCAUUGGGUGCUGGAGGCGAAGCCAAAUUUGCAAAGAAUGAUGUCCCAAUGUGGAUGAUGCUGGAGGUGGAGUUAAACUUGCAGCAGGGGGUUAAAGGAACACUACUAGUGUUGGGAAUACAAACCUUUUAUUCCUAACACUAUAGUCCUAGAGUGUCUGUUUAAUUGUUUGUCCCACAGAUUACAGUAACAAGGUAGUUUCACUAACAUUUUCUCGCUCGCUGCAACUGGCCCCACCUCCAUGAUUGAGAUCUUUAAUCUUGAUGAUCUCAUCCAAUCAAAUUCUUUUCAUCUCCUCAUAGUGAUGCUUUGAAUCAAUUCAUCUCUAUGGGGAGUAUUCAGUGUCUCAGUGCAGAGCUGCACUGAGAUAGGAGACGCUGAACGUGCACAGUGCAGCACUGUGAUUGGAAGCCUCUUUAGUUGCCAGUUGAGUGACUGCCUCUAGAGAUGUUACUAGGCAGCAAUGUAAAAUGUACAGACACAAGAAUUGUCCCCAACCACCCAAUGAAGCUCAGGGUUACGAAUGGUGUUAAUUUUUAUUUUUUUUAAAUAAAUCUAGUUUCAAGUGGUUUCUGCUUUUUAUACACACUGGAAGUGUUACAAAUUCACUUUUUCAGCACUUAUUAAUGUGCUUGAUGUGCCCUGUUUGUAAAGAAAUGGCUUACAGUACGCAUGCCACUCAAAAAUAAAAAUCUCACUGGAGCAUAGAAACGUCUUCUUGUUGUAGUAUUCCUUAUACUGUUUCUUAAAGGGACACUACAGGCACCCAGAUCACUUCAGGUCAUUGAACUAGUGUAAGUGCAGUGUCCCAGGUACUUUAUCCCUGCAGUGGUAAUUAUUGCAGUUUUUGAUAAACUGCAAGAAUUACUUGCUAGGCUUAACUCCACUUCUAGUGGCUGUCUACCAGAUGGAUUACUGGGUAGUUAGGCGACUUUUGAUCUCCUGACACUGGACAUCCUCACACUAUGCAUUAAAUCAAUGCUUUCCUAUCAAUGCUUUUCAUGCGUGUUAGCCCCACCCCCCAGUCAGCUGCCAUCAGACACAUUGGCGCUGGAAUUGGGUAAGUGACAUCCAGCAACACCCAAAACCUCAUAGCAUUUAUAAUACUUUCAUAUAGGGGAAGUCCUAAUGCAAGUGUGACAGUUGAAGCACUAUAGGAAAAUAACUUUAUAUUCCUGGCAUUGUAGUUUUUUGUUUUGUUUUUUAGAGUUUAACACUUGUUUCUUAUUAAGCUGCAUGUACAGUGUGUCUGUUAUAAAUGUUUCUCAUUAUUAACUUAUAUUUCUUUUGCAGAUGUUACUGUAUGCAGUUAUCGACACAAAACAAUAUAUUCAGCACUUCCGGAUGAUUACAAUUGGUAUGAACCAUAUCACUGUCACUUGUUAGAUUAUGGAAGUUAGCUUAAUCAUAUCCAUUUCUGACUGUGUGUGCCAUUUAAUCUUUAUUUCAAGUAUUUUAUCAGUUUUGUAAAUGUGAUUGGCUGUCACAGAUAGUAUUAAAGUAAAAAUAUGCAGUGUUAUUAGCUGAAAUGUGAAUUAUCAGGAAUUCAAAGUGAAUUUUAGAUCAAAAUAGCAGAAUGGGAAAAGUUCUGCAAGUCAGCUAUGCUUUUAUUCGAAAAAAAUUCACAGAUCUGAGGACACCCCUCAGAUGUGUAAAUAAUGGCUGGAAAAUGGAAAUGAAUGAUAUCAACGUAAAUAUAUCUCAAAAGAAUACUAAUAGUGAAUCAAAAAAACAAUCAAUAUAAAAACCUCCACAGCUUGAAUAGCUGUACCUCCCUGAUAUCUUUGUUAAUAAGUGUCAAGAUCAGACUGCCUGACUUUAAUGUUAUAUUUGUAAUGUCAAUGUCUGAAAUACAUAAGGAUACAAAUAACAUAGAUAGCAAUUCUAAUUAUACACAGCAUUUGUAUCAAAAUGUCAAAUAUACGGCAGGGAAGCAACAAAAUAAUGCUGCUACCUCAUUGUUUGAGUUAUGCUGUGUUUGCUAUAAAUUCUAUGGGGUAAAGAGACCCUGUGGAAUACUAAUCAGAAAGGCUUGUCAUUCAUGUAGCUGUAUGUGGGAUUAAUGUCCUUGGUCUAGGUACCCAUCAAAUACAGAAUAUUCAGUCCGAAAAAAUUAAAGGGCUGAUCAUGAACGCCUAUGAUAUUAGGUAUAAAAAACAGGUACUUUUCAGCCCCUGACGAAGGUGCACGCUAGUGGCACCGAAACGCGUGUCGGGUUUUCUUCUUUCUUCUUCACUUCACAGGGCACACUGUCACAUGUGCAAGGACCAACACUCUAAGUAUGGUCCUGCACAUUAGCCCAUUUUAAUUGCUUUAUUUUUUCUUCCUCCUGCAUAUUCUGUCUAUACACUAUGAGCUAUUGAACUACCUGUUUUUUAUACCUAAUAUCAUAGGCGUUCACGAUCAGCCCUUUAAUUUUUUCGGACUGAAUAUUCUGUAUUUGAUGGGUACCUAGACCAAGGACAUUAAUCCCACAUACAGCUACUUGAAUGACAAGCCUUUCUGAUUAGUAUUCCACAGGGUCUCUUUACCCCAUAGAAUUUAUAGCAAACACAGCAUAACUCAAAAAAUGAGGUAGCAGCAUUAUUUUGUUGCUUCCCUGCCGUAUAUUUGACAUUUUGAUACAAAUGCUGUGUAUAAUUAGAAUUGCUAUCUAUGUUAUUUGUAUCCUUAUGUAUUUCAGACAUUGACAUUACAAAUAUAACAUUAAAGUCAGGCAGUCUGAUCUUGACACUUAUUAACAAAGAUAUCAGGGAGGUACAGCUAUUCAAGCUGUGGAGGUUUUUAUAUUGAUUGUUUUUUUGAUUCACUAUUAGUAUUCUUUUGAGAUAUAUUUACGUUGAUAUUAUCAUUCAUUUCCAUUUUCCAGCCAUUAUUUACACAUCUGAGGGGUGUCCUCAGAUCUGUGAAUUUUUUUCGAAUACUCUUAAGAAGGGGUUAAGCCCCAUAUGACACUGCUGGAGUGUCAAUUAAGGUGAUUUCUGUGGAGUUCCAUCCAUAGAUAUAUUUUGUUUUUUCAGCUAUGCUUUUAGUUUGAGUAUAUUAGCCUAAAAUGUGUUGUUCAUUUUGAGUUCUUGAUAUUUCACACUUUCGUGAAUAACCCUCUAUCUGUGCGUCUCUUCAUGUUUACACGAACAGUACUUCAAGUAAAAAGACAAGCUCUUACCACUUUUGCACAACCAAAUUACUAAGUAAGCGGUAGCUUAUUGGUUGUGUUAUUUUAUUUCAAUUCAAAAGUUUUAUUGAAAUAACUUUUCGACAUACAAAAACGUCCCCUUAAAAAAAUAAAAAGUGGAUAUCCACAUGAGUUAUAUUUAUUUAUAUGUAAACAAUAAAGGGACACUAUAGUCACCCAGACCAUUUCAUCUCAUUGAUGUGGUCUGGGUGCAAUGUCCUUGUCCCAUUUAGUCCUGAAAUGUAAGUCAUUGCAGUUUUUGAGAAACUACAAUAAUUGGCUUGCAGAACUAAGACUGCCUUCAGUGGCUGUCAGUGAGACAGCCACUAGAAGCAUUUCCUGGAUGAUCGCAAACAUUGGUCCCCUAAAUGACGCUGGACGUCCUCAUGCUCCAUCGGCUGGAAUCUGGUAAGUGACUUAAGUUUUUUUUUUUUAACCAUUUAGCUGCAGUGUGGAACAGAGAGGGCACUAUAGUAUCAAUUUAACUCUUCUGUUUUGGGCUAAAGUUUUGCAAAAUACCUGCUUAUUUCACUUCAUUCACAGUUUUCUUUUAUUAGAAACAAAACCCUAUAACUGCAGCUCCUCCUCAAUGUAUGUUGAUCUACAUCUACCGUGUAUGUUGAUUCAUAGAUCCACAUUGUUUAAUUUUGUGCUAAAAAGAGCAACUAGUUUUACGUUUAACUAUAGCAUGUAUGUAUUUCUUUUUUUAGCAAAGUUGAGCUUGCUUUGACAUCUGAUGGAAAAACUAUAGUCUGCUACCACCCCUCAGUUGAUAUCCCAUAUGAACACACAAAGGUAAGCACACAUGCAAAAAGAUCUCAUUGGUUAGAAUGCAUGUACUUCUUGAACAUUUCCUUAUCAUUCUGAGGUUAGGAAAAGGAAAAAGUUAUUUGCAGUCAUAAACCUAUGAGAGACCCGGCUGAUGUAUUGUUUUCAAUUUCAAAGCAGAACUUCUACCUGUGAUGCCACAUAGUAUAGGCUUAUAAUUGCUCCAUUUUGUUUUUGCAAAUCAGUGCAAAUAAUAUUACCAGAAUCAUGAGAGAUUUUAAGAGAGUGGUAAAAUUGUAAAGGAGUGAAGCAAGUAUAAGUGAUUUCUUCUUAGUCAUGUUAAUGUAACUUUAGUUGUGAAUCUAGUUAUUCCUCUCUGUGCAUAGGUUCAGGGGCAGACCCUGUGUUAGCACCCCCUCCUCUUCCCUAAAAAUGUAAAAAAAACACCCACAAUUUUUUUUUCUUGUUUUCAAGAAUAUUUAUUGCACAUAAAAAUUGUGCACCCCCACAUCAAAUUCAUACCCCAUCACAUAAAGUUCAUACAGCCCAUACACAUAUAAAUUAUUCACCCCCACCCUACACAUAAAACCCCUGCAGACACACUCCCUUAAAGGGACACUAUAGUCACCAGAACAACUACAGCUUCAUGUAGUUGUUCUGGUGAGUAUAAUGGCUCCCUUUAGGCAUUUUCAUGCAAACACUGCCUUUUCCGAGAAAAGACAGUGUUUACAUUGCCCCAGGGGACACCUCCAAGUGGCCAUUCCUCACAUGGCCACUGGAGGGGCUUUCUGGCUCAGGGCUGCAUAGUGUGCAGGGAGGGGAUUCCUGGCUCAGGGCCAUUGGAGACGCUGAAUUUUUCUCAUAGAGCUGCAUUGAUUCAAUGCAUCUCUAUGAGGAGGUUCUGAUUUGCCAAAGCCCAUGCCGAUUUUAGCCAAUCCAAAGCUUUCACUAUUGAAAAGCAUUGGAUUGGCUGAAAAGCUGCCAUUUUAAUGUCACAAAGGGGGCGGAGCCUGCGCAGCACUGGAAAUAAGGUGAGUUAGCCACACUCUAAGAUCAGGAAUACAUGGUUGGGUUCCUGACCCUAUAGUGAUCCUUUUUAUAAAAAAAAAAAACCUGCAUACCCCCCUUAAUAAAAAAAAAACCUGCACACCCCCCUUAAUAAAAAAAAACUAAACCUGCACAGCCCCCCUUAAUGAAAAGAAAAAUAAAACCUGCACACCCCCCCUUAAUAAAAAAACAAAACCUGCACACCCCUCCUUAAUAAAAAAAAAAAACCUGCACACCCCCCUAAUAAAAAUAAAAAACCUGCACAGCCCCCCUUAAUGAAAAAAAAAAUAAAACCUGCACACCCCCCUUAAUAAAAAAAAAAAAUCCUGCACACCCCCCCUUAAUUAAAUAAAAACAAAAAAACCUUUACAACCCCUUAAGGACGCUGGAUGGAAAAUUUCCGUCCAAAAUUAAAAUUAACCCAUGAUUGCCGCAAUCGUGGGGUUAAUCUUCCUGUAGUGUCUCUCCAUAUCGGAGGCACACUACCAUGAGCAGUUUCACUGAUUCAGCCCAUGUGAUCGCUCUGACCGGGAUUCAGAGCCAUUACACAUGCUGCGAUCAGCUCCGUGUGUGAACUGCAGAGAGACAGAUCGGCUGCCUUUUGAUCACUGCCUGCUGUGAUCAAAAUACAGAUCACAGUAUUUCACUGUGAUCUGAUUUUUUUAACCCCUGAGGGUUAACUUUUUUAUUUAUUUAUUUUUUUUUUAAUCCUGAGGGGUUACAUUUAUUUAAUUUAAAUAUUUUAAAAUAUUUAUUUAGCUACGAUGGGUAGAAGUUAGUGGGGAAAUUGGGGCAUUUACGGUUUCGGCUAUUUAGGGGUUAAAAUUACAAUAAAAAGAUUUUAAAAAACUGUUGAAAAGUUUAACCCCUUAAGGACCAAACUUCUGGAAUAAAAGGGAAUCAUGACAUGUCACACAUGUCAUGUGUCCUUAAGGGGUUAAACAAAGUUUUAAAAUAGUAAAAUAAGUUGUUAAAAGCGAAAUAAAACUUUUUAAAAGUUAGAAAAAACGAACAUGGACCCAGCGUAAAAAUUCUAACUUAAAUGGCUCAAAUGUUGUCAUAUACCUGGUAAAGGUUCAAAACACGUCUUUUGAAAUACCCUGGGAUGUCUUCUUUAAGAAAUAGUAUGCUUUUAUGGGAUAGUUGGAAUAUGUAGUGGGGGUAACAACACAGCGUAAAGAUUCAAAGUAUGAAAAAACCUGCAAUGGCAAUGUCUGAAAUGUGCCCCUUCAACGUCCACAUAUACCUGGCAAAGGUACAUACGGGGGUAUUGCUGUACUCAGACAACAUAACUGAGCAACAUAUAAAGUAUUAUAAAGCCGUAGCACAAAUAAGGUUUGCAAAAUAUACAGUACAAACUAACUGUGUGUCAAAAAAGCAGAAAAAAAUGCUUAUUACCACUAAAUUUGAUACAAGCUAAAUAGGAGAGAUGCAAAUUGCAGUUGAACACAAACAGCAAAAAAUGCAAAAUUGCUUGUGUCGUUAAGGGUAUGUCCUGCUUCUGAAGCUGUGUCCUUAAGGGGUUAAUUUAAAAAAAAAAAAAAAAAAAACUUGCACACCCCCAAAAAACUUUCUAGGUAAUGUCCAUAUCCUCCUUGGAACAGAAUUGGGUAAUGCUGAGAUCCUGGACUGCUGCAGGGUUAUUCACUGAAGUGAGAAUUCUUGGAAAAUUGCCAGAUUAGAAAAUAUCUCCAAGUUGGGUAAGUUUCCAGGACAACUACUUUUGGCAUUCAAUUUGGAAUUCACUUUGAACCUCUGGCAGGUCUCACUUUAGUGAAUAACCCUUUUGGUGUGCCUUGAGAACGGAACCCUAGCAGGCAUAGGCAACCUUCGGCGCUCCAGAUGCUUUGGACUACACCUCCCAUAAUGCUUUGCCAGCAUUAUGGGUGCAAGAGCAUUAUGGGGGAUGUAGUCCACAAUAUCUGGAGUGCCAAAUGUUACCUACCACUGCGCCUAGCAUAUACCACAAUGCAAACAGAAAGGUGUUAAUAGUUUUACUUUUAUAGAUAAAUAAGCAGAGGCAGUAGGCCAACCCAAAGCCUGAAAUCGUCCUAGCAUUCUUUGAUCAUGUGAUAUAUAUGGAUAGGAAAAUGUUAUAUCCCUAACUCUCUCUCUUAAAGUAGACAGUGUUUACAUUCAGAGAUUCACUAGAACAUAAGAGGACAUAUCUCUUAUAAAUAUUACUGUCAGCUGCCACCAUUUUGAGUGCUUAUUUGUUUAUUUUUUUUACUAAAACUUUAAUUGAAAUGUAACUCUUCCUUGACUCAAAAAUAAUAGAAAAUGUGAUUUUUCUCAUUUGCCCAGCGCUUACAAAUAAACAUGUCAUCCCAUGCAAAAGAUAUUUAAAGUUUUGUUUUACAUAGUGUUACUGGAUGUCGUUGCCAUACUUUAAAUAGAUUAACAUAACUCUAUGUAAUAAACCACGUCAAAUUAGUAGAUCCUACGGUUCCUAUUGACGCGGCUUGCGACCCUAAUUUCCUAGUGUGCAUUGCAUCCCAGUAGAUAAAUCAGUCCUUUAACGACCAAAUUGUUUGUUCAGCCCAUUCCUGUACAGGAUCCUUUACACUGCCAUGAAGAAACACAUGAGCAAGUGCUCAAAGCCAGGUUACGAGAGGCUGAUCCCAGUCCUGCACCAACAAUAGAACAGCUCAGUAAAAUGUUUUACACAACCAAACACCGCUGGUAUCCUGUUGGACAGUAAGUAGACUGUUGCUUUAACAUUUUUGUUUCAGUAUAUUACAAUAAUUGUCAUGACUAUCAGCAUAAUGUAUUGAAGGCAUUUCUCAUUGUGCUAAGUAUCUGUUAACAAAUGAUAUAAUGUUAAAAGGCAAAGUAUAUUGAUGCUUCCAUUUAUCCCAUUUAGUACACUUUUCCUUGGCAUUUGUUUUGAAGUGAUCGUGGUGCAAGGAUGCAUCCUGCCAGUCAAUGAAUGACUGACAGGAUGCGUUUCCUCCAGCUCUUAAGUAAUCUUGGCACAUAGUGGGAUCCUGCUCAGAGGCAAAGCGUUUCGCUGCAUUGCCUAGGAAUGGCACCAUAGUACUCCUAGAAUCAAAACUACUGCAGCUGGUUGUGGUGCUUAUGAUGCCUGAAUGAACCCUUUUAAUAAAUAUACAUAAAUUUAAAAUGUGAAACUGACCGAGUAGUGUCUUCACUUCAUAUUCAGACUUUGAUUCACUUUAUCAAAUGUCAUGUGGUAUUACACCAUAGACAACUUGUAUAAUCAUCAUAUGUGUUUUAUACAUCGAAAGUAUUUACCCACAAGUGUAGCCCAAAUUUAUUCAAAGUAUAGAUGUUUCGGGACCCCUGUCCCUUUAUCAAAGAUAAAUGCCCUACAGAAACGUCUGUACUUUGGAUGCCCUUUAAAUAAAUAUGGGCUGCACUAGUGGGCCCCUAUAACUAAGCCGCACUUUGUGGAUGAAUACUUUGAACUGCUAUAUUUUGCUUGCUGUUGGGGCUACAGUAGCUGUAUAGUAGCUGCACUAGGUUAAACUAUUUUGCCUUUUGGUAUUGUGCUAUACCACACUCCAAGAUCAUAUUUUUGCUUUGUGUGUUAUCCAAAAGACAAAGUGGGCUUAAUCACAUUCACUUUGCUGCAGUUUGUAUCCGGAUACAGAGUACACAGUCAGAAAGGGAAACUUGCCUUGGGCGUUACCUCAACUCCUUAGCAACAAUUUGCACACAAUACGUUAAAUCUAUAGUGUAAAUUGAAAACCAUCUCCAUUAAAAUGAUAAACACCCAAGCACAAUAAAAAAAUGUAGCAGGUAUCAUCAUUCAACAACUUUAAAGCAUGAAAUCUUCAGUUCAGUCUUUCAAACGUGUUAAGAGAAUUUGACAUGUAAAAAACCAAUUAGCUGGAUAUUUCAAAUUGAUCUAUUUUAAUCUAAGACGUGCAAUUCCAAUGUCAAUUCUGCACAUUCGCCAGGUUAGUAGAUACAUUAUAUUUUACCUAAAACAUUUAUGAGAGAUCAUAACUGUUUUUGUGGUUUGUGGGGUUUUUUCUUCCUUUUUACUAUGCGUUUCAAAUAAAACAACAAGAGGACAUAUUUUUAAACCUUUGCCCCUCUAAUUUAAGACUAUCAGGAAGUAUUACUUUACUGAGAGGGUAGUGGAUGCAUGGAAUAGCCUUCCAGCUGAAGUGGUAGAGGUUAACACAGUUUGAGAGUUUAAGCAUGCGUGGGAUAGGCAUAAGGCUAUCCUAACUAUAAGAUAAGCCCAGGGACUAAUGAAAGUAUUUAGAAAAUUGGGCAGACUAGAUGGGCCGAAUGGUUAUCUGCCGUCACAUUCUAUGUUUCUAACCCAGCCUCUUACUGCAUCUGGAAAAGAAGCCAUUGUAUUGACCACUCACAGCUGAAAAUAUAGGAAACUUGUUUGCACAGUUAAUAGGGCAUUCAGCAAGUAAAGUAGCGUAAAAUCUAUUUUAAAAUGUUUUAUAUGGAUGCCCAUUACUUGUUUUACUCAUUUUGGUAGAGGCUUGCUUGAUGGGUUUUUUCUUUUUUUUUUCCCUUUUUUUUUUUUCCCUUUUUUUUUAAUUUUGCCACCAUUUACCCCUCUUAGUUCAAUAAUUUCCAUUGUUAGGGAGAGUAGACAUGUCCCCUUCUAUAAUGCCUGUCUCCUAUUUGUUCCUGCUGCGCUAGAAAUCUCCACUUGGGGUAUGGUGGCUGCGGGUUGCAAGAUAUUAACACUGGAGACCUGGAAGUUGCUAAGCCCUGCAUUUAGUAGUGGAGGUGGGGAGCAGAGCCCUGCAGACCUCAGGUUGAAAAUUAAAAUAAAAAAUUAAAUUCAAUGAAUUCAAAACUAGUUUGAUUACUUACACUGUGUGGGUGGGGGUUAUGUACUUGUUAUGGUGAUCGGAACUGAUAUGUUUAAAAACUAAAAUGAGCUAAACCGUUUUGUUCUUAUUUAUCCUAAUUGCAGGAAUACAUUGUACAUGAUUUCUGUUUAAUUUUACAGGUAUCAUAGAAGACGCAUGAAGACAGAUCCCCCUAAAGACCGAUGACUUUAGCAUGUUUUGGUAUCUUAUGUUGUUCAGUUGUGUCUCUCUUCAUUACUGCCAUAUACCAUGUUCUCUUUCUGUUUGAUCGGAGGACUAACCAAAUUUGGAAAAGUAAUCAAACUAAUAAAAUGUUUGUGUAUAUAUCUCUUGUGGCCAAUCUUACAUGCAUUUGUGUUCAUGGUUAACUUGAAAAAAAUGAUAUGCAACGAAGUGUUUAAUUGAAAAAUUAG